GUUGUACGGUCAUGUGGAAAUGGGGUUAAAAAGGCUUUUAUUUUUUUAAUCGAAAAAUAUGCGAGUAUCGUGUUAAAUGAUGAUUGAUAAACAUUUACCAAUAUGUAAUUAAUUUUAAAUAUAUUAUACUGGAUGUUAAAAAUUCAUUUUGUCGAUGGACAUCAUUUUACGACACUAAAUAUUUCAGUUUACGACAACACGUCAGAAACAUGGCCGACAGAAUAGAUGACACAAGCUGGGUAACAGAUCUAGAAACAGCACUUGUUGAAAGUUGUGACUUUGGAACACUUAAGAAUAUCUGUAAAUGUAGAACUGUCCCAGAUCAUCUCAGAGCAGAGGUGUGGCAGAUCUGUCUCAAUGUGCAAAGCAAAGGGGAUGCUCUGAGUGCAUUUGAUGGCUUGUAUGAUCUUGAUGAACAAGGAAUUAUUAGAGAAGACUGUAGGGCUCUAGUUGAUAAGCUAGGCAAUGAGGAGGAGGACAAAGUUUCAGUUGUCAGUGAUUUAGAGUCCAUCAUUACAUUUUUUUCGAAAUCCAGAAAUGAGAAGUACACAUCAGACAAUGGAUGGCUGGAAAUCAUACAACCUCUGCUAGCACUUAAACUGACGCGGGCUCAGCUCUACAACUGCCUCUACUCCAUUGUGAAUAAGUUUAUUCCAAGGGACUGUGUCAAAGGAGGAAAACCAUUUCACUUGUUUCGCUUGCUCCUGCAGUACCAUGAUCCUGAAUUAAGCUCAUUCCUAGACACAAAGAGAAUCCUACCAGAUCUUUACUGCCACUCGUGGUUCCGAAGUUUAUUUGCUGCUCCAUGUGAUCUGCAAGUAAUACAGGUUAUGUGGGAUGUGUACUUCCAACAUGGAGACCAAUUUCUGACAUUCUUUAUGGCUCUUGUCAUACUUGUGAAUGCAAGGGAUCAAAUUUUGGGAGGAGAAUUGGAUUCAAAGCAAGCAAUUACAGAAAUGCUGAUAUCUUUCCCAUCAGGAUUGGAGGCAGAAGACAUAGAGGAUUUUUGUGCAUUAGCACAGUACUAUGCUACCAAAACCCCACAGUCUUUCAGGAGGGAUUACCAAAGUCCUCUGUAUGGUAACAGUAUGAUCCCAGGAAGAAUGGAGGAGGAUCUACAAGUAUCACAAGCAUUGUGUUUACCGGUGUCAGUUUCAGAACUUCUCCAAAAUAACAACCUAGCAGGAGGUGAUGGUGUUCGAUAUUUUGUUGUGGAUUGUCGACCUGCUGACCAGUACAACAACGGCCACUUACACACAGCAUUCCAUCUUGAUGCAAACCUUAUGUUACAGAACCCCAAGGAGUUCAGCACUGCAGUGCAGGCACUGUUAGCCGCACAGCAACAAUCAAUAACUACAGGUUCAGUAGCAGGGGGAGAACACCUGUGUUUUAUUGGCAGUGGUCGGGUGGAGGAAGAUCAGUAUGUCCAUAUGGUCAUCGCCAACUUUUUGCAGAAACACUACCAAUAUGUCAGUUUCGCCAAGGGGGGUUACCAAAAUAUACAUGAAAUAUUAAAGGAUAAAUUGUCUGAAGGGCUUGCCAAUCACAAUCCCAAACACUGCAUUGUGUGUAACCCUGAGGCAUCCAACAGCUCUAGUGACCUAGAGAAUGGUGAAGAUUUUCAUAGACCAGAAAAGGAAGAGGAGAGUGGAGAAUCAUUUUUUGGAAAAUUAACCUCCACCAUGAAAAGCAAGUCAGCUGUAAUGAAACAGAGAUUAACAGACUACAUUAAAAACGAGCAUCAAGUACAGGAAAGGCAUGUGAGUAAUACAGACAGAGUAGGCAAGAGAUACAGAAACAUGGCCAAUGUUUUCUCCAUCGGUGAUGAUGAUGACGGUGAUGACCAGCUGGGAAACUCCUCAGAUGAUGAAAGAAAGGAAGUUGUAAAUAUUGAAGUAUGGCUGAAGAAAUCUGACGUAAAAUACUCGUGUAAAUGUCAAGAGGUCAUAGGAAAUGGGUAUAUGUUUUCAAGCUAUGUGUUGGUGACAGACACUCAUUUGUAUGUGCUCCGUGAGAUUCCGAACAGAAAAAACAUGGCACACAUUCAGGCACGACGAGCUCUAGGAAGUGUUGUAAAAAUCACGUCCAAGAGAAAGCACCCAGACUUCAUCACUUUCAAGUAUGGAUCAAUUGAGGGAGAUGUUAUUGAAGUUACUGACAUAGACAGGUUUCUUAUGCCACAGGCAGCAGAAGCAACAAAGAUUAUCAAACAACAAAUCAUCAGAGUACUGGAUGCAUUAGAUAGCUGAUUUGUGACGACUGGAAUUUUCUGGUUUGGAUGCAUAGUGUUUAAGCAUUUUUAUUUAAUAUAUAGAACAAAAUUGGACUCGUGUGAAUAAAGGAAACAUUGUUCACGAAUGUUUGAUAGUUACAGUGUAAGUGCAUAAUGGCAAUAUUCCUGCAUUCACUGAAUUGUAGGAAGGCUCCGGUCUUCUUCAGUAUAAUUUAACUCGAAAUGAAUAAUUGUUCCUGAAUGCAUAAAACCAUCCAAGUGUAGGUACAUGUAGUAUGUGUUGAUUGAUUUCAUUACUUAGUAUUGUACACUAUUUAUUUUCACAUAGAAAUUCUUUCUGUGAUACAUGUUAUUUUAUUUGAUACAAUUAUUGUUUUAGUUCAUACAUUUGUAAUUCUGUUUAGGUCAUCUAGAGUGUCUCAGAUGGCCUAUUGUGAUUGGUUUCUGUCCAUUGUCAUCCGUGUGCCAUUGAAUUCUCAGAAACUACAAGACCAAUACCAAAAUUGCUAUGGAACAUCUUUUGGGUUAAUAAAAACUGUGAAUUAUGGGAUCCUAGGGAUAAGACAGAAAUCUCUAAAAAUACAAUCUUUAAAACUCUUUUUACUCCUGAACAAGCAUAAAAUCUGGUUACAGAAUUAUACUAAGCAUGAAAGCCUCUCCCAAAACUAAAAUUCAUGGACCCUGGGUUAGGGGUUCAGGCCCAAGCAAUGGAAUAUAUGGAUCAAAUAUUGAAAAUGCGUUACUAUUUUAUGUUUAAAUAUCUUCUUCACUCCUUAAAAUUAGGAAACAAACAAGUUGAAUAUUUAUAUUGAGCAUGGAGUCAUCUGCCAUCUUGGGUGAGAGUUCCAAACUCGAGGAUGGGGAAGCGAACUACUGGUAGAUGGAUAGCUAUGUUGAGCGAGCAUGGAGGCCUUUACAUAAAAAUGAGAAAUUUGUGGUUCAGGGUGAGUGAUAAGGAUUGUAGAGUGAGAAUGUAGCGAUUUAAAUCGGGGGGGGGGGGGGGGGGGGGGGGGGGGGGGGGGAGACUUCUCAAAAUUAAACCAAGAGCUGAUGUGUAAUGAUAUUGAGCAUGCCAAAAUUAUGAAAACUCAUUUCUCCUGGACCAGGUUCAGGCUCCAGGGAAAGAGAUAACUUUGUGAAAAUGCAUUAAAUCUUCUCCAACUCUGAACAUCCUGCACACAAACUGGGUGCAUAGUUAUAUUGAACGUGGAGGGCUCUACUAAAAUUUUGAAAUUCAUAACUCACGGGUUAGAAAUUCCUGCCUCAUGGUGAGUGGUGACUCUUAAACAGAGAAUGCAUAACAUCUCUGAAAAUCUGUUUUAUUACUACACAUCUUCUGACCGGACAGUAUGUUAUGACAAUGAACCAAGGUCAAUUUUCAGAAGGGUUGUUAUGACUUGUUUGUAAGGUCAUUUCUGAGUACUAUUUCAUGAUGCAUUGUUUAUUGAUACAUGUAUUUACAAAUAAGAUAAGUAUGGUGUAAACUAAAGAAAUUUGUCUUGGCCACAGCUUAUUGAUUUAGUUGCCCAUUUUAUGCUAUUAAACAUUGUUUUUGACCACAAGACAUCCAUUUCUCAAGAUGCAUACUAGCACAAUUUACACACAAUACUUCAAAUUUACAUUCUUUGUUGUAUGAUACUUGGGUGACCACUUUAUUUUAAAAUUUUUGUUGGUAUUCAAAAUUGUUUUGUUAUCGGCUAGAUUUGUUUUGCAUAUUUGUCUGUUUAUGAUGUAUGUUCAACACAACACUGUAAUCAAGUCAAUCAGAUCACCAAUCUUUUACAGUGACUAAAUAAGAAACACAUAUACAGUAAAACUCGAAUAUAGCGAACACGGAUAUAGCGAAAUUACGGCUAUAGUGAAGUGAAAACGAUUUCCCCGGCAAAUUCUGUAUAUAUUCUAUAUAAAAAUCUGUGUCUAUAACGAACACGGAUAUAGCGAAUUUACGGAUAUAACGAAGUAAAUUCUUAUUCCCCUUGAAUUAAAAAUGAACGUAAAAAUCACCUUUCAUAACGAAUUUAUUUUUUUCAUUUUAAACUCUGUGAUUUUUAACAAUCGUUUUCCAUUGACAUAAAGGUUCCACACUUAUUUCAAAAUUUGUUUGCAUUUUUUUCAAAAAAGGUUGUUAACGCAAAACAAAUACACAUACGUUUCGGAAAUAUAUUGUCGGUAUUGUUUACUAUUUUCGUUAAUUAAAUUUGAAGUUUGAUUGCAUUUAUUUUAUCAUACACUUCUUUAUUUGUGUAAAGCAACAAGUAAAUGACAAUUGCAAUAGACUGUACAUGUAUGUAUUGUGCAAAAUGUUGUUGACAUUUCUCUCGAGACAUGUUCUUGCAUGACUUAAUAAUCCAUCAAGAUAAAUUAUCAUAUAUAAAUCAAUGUGUGUAUUUCUUGUAUAAAUUUUUUUUUUUCUCAAAAAUCUAUAAGCUUCAUUUCUCUUAAAGACAAUACAAACGCAAGUAUAUCGAUUGCUGAUUUAUUAUAGAACUGAUAUACAUGUAGAACAAAUCAGUUUUAUAACGAAUUCGUUAUAUUUGAAUUAUGAAUUCGCUAUAAACGUAAAGCGAAUUACGCUUAUAGCGAAUUUUUAUAGAGGGUCCUCAGAAAUUCGCUAUAUCAGAGUUUUACUGUAUACACUGUAAACUUCUAUAUUAAACUGUCAUAUAUUUCAAAGAGAUGAAAGUAUGGAGCAAAUUUGCUAUGGGCUUGUUGCAAUACACAGUGGACAAAAUUUAUAGAAAUGGGCUGAACCUCCUACUUCAAUGCUUAUAUAUAUAUCAUAUUUUAAAUGUGAAUUAACCCACCUUUUUUCUUUAUUGUUCAGUAUAUCCCACUCAGAGAAUGCAUACCUCCACCUACACUAGUGUCAAAAUGAGCGGGGGGUGCUGCUGCAUGUAUACUCAGAGUUCCCUCAAAAUCCAACCAUUUGUGCUUUGGCUCAAGAUCUGCCUUACUCUGUUUCACUGAAAUCCAUUUUUCUUUUAUUUAAGAAAUGAGUACACAAACGUGAUGAAUACUCUUUCCAUUAAGCUUCAUACUUACAGCUUAUAGAAGGACGGUAACAAGGUAUUCUUCUACAAUUGCUUUCAACAAGCCCUUUCAUCCAGAACAGAGCUCAAUUCAAGUGUUAUGAGGAUGGCUAGAAAUUCUUUUAUUUAAAAAAAAGCAUCAAACAUCUCAUGUAGUGCAAUAGAAUUUAAAGUUUUUAGAACUUAUGUGUGAUGUUAAAACAAAAUUCUGAUAAAUACAGUGAGAAAUAUCAUGUUAAUAAGUUGAGUAGGAAUACAAUUAAGAAAUAAAUAUCAUUUUUGAAAAUACAUGGAAGUAUGAACUGCAACACUAUUGCCUGCUUACUACGUGAAGCUCGUUAGCACUUCAUAUUAAAAGUACGCCGGCGUAAAGGGUUGCAGUUCAUACCCUCAUGUAUUUUCAAAAUUGAAGUUUAUUUCUUAUAAUUAUAUUUACUUUCAUGUCUGUCAGAAUUCCCAGUCGUUGAAAUAGACAUACUAGUAUAUUUUCCUGCAUAUGUAUUCAUAUGCACGUUAUUUAUGACUGCAAUGCAUUCGUGAGGAAAUGGCUAUGAUUACGAUUUGAAGAGAUAUCAAAGGCAAAACCAUCCCUUUCCAGUUACUGUGAAAAAUUUCAAAUGUAUAUAAUAUAUAGGUACUAUAGCAAGUUCUCUUCUCAAGGACAUCAUAGAUACAUAUCAAUGUUUAACUAAUUACAAUUAUUAUGUUGUAUGCUUUGAACUUAAUGAAAACUGAAAAUUGUUACUAAAAACUUUGUAGAUCCUUAAACUUCAAAUUUCCAGUCUAAGACGUUUUCAUCCAAAAAGAAAUGGCUAGAAAUUGUUUGACUGUAUGAUUUAUUUGUAUGUCUUUAGAAAAAUGAAAUCAGUUUUAAGAUAUGCUUCCAGCAAAAUCAUCAGUAGUAUGCUACUGUCACUGUUAUAUAUAUAUAUAUAUCAGAAGUGCUUUAAGACUACAAUUCCCAUUUUUCAACAAAAGUGAAAUGCAGCUUGUAACUGAAUACAUAUUAUACUAUACAAUGUGUUAACAUGAAUAUAUAUUAAUUAUACUAUACAAUGUGUUAACAUGAAUACAUAUUAUACUAUACAAUGUGUUGACAUGAAUACAUAUACUAUACAAUGUGUUAACAUGAAUACAUAUUAUACUAUACAAUGUGUUGACAUGAAUACAUAUUAUACUAUACAAUGUGUUGACAUGAAUACAUAUUAUACUAUACAAUGUGUUGACAUGAAUACAUAUUAUACUAUACAAUGUGUUGACAUUUUCUUGGUCAAGAAUUUGCUUUAGCUAUACCUGAGAAGUACAGUAUUGUACAUUAAGGGUAGCUAAAGCUUUAGAGCAAACUAUGACUGAAAAAAUGUCAAUAAUUGUUUUACAUGUAUUACAUCAUUGAAUGAUUUAAAACAUCAAAACUGGCUACUGUCUAGUUUACAGAACAAUCCCUGAUGGGUCAUCUUUGUUAAUAGCUAUAGUGCAAGACCUUGUCCGCACUGAUUAGACAUGUGAGUUUUUCUCUAUUAUAUGGUUGAACAAUUUAAAAUGUGAAAUUGGUUAUUAGAGCUUACCAAAUGACACAUGAUCAGCCAUCUACGGUAUGUUUAUAUGUAAAGUGCAGGACCUAGUUAAAAGUAAUGAAAGAUGUCAACCAUAAAAUAAUAACCAAUUGUAUUAAUUUGGGAAAUCUCAAUUGAUUUUUAGUCCACGUUGAGAUGAAUAUUCUAGUUUGUUGGAUCUAGGGGCAAUCGGAAAGUUCUGGAAUUAUUCGAUAACAUAUAACAGCAGAUGUCUUGGCCUGGAGAUCAUAAAUGGAUAUCAGAGAACAUGCAAUCUCAUGACAAAACUCUAUGAUUAUUUUAUUUUCAAUCUUCAGGGACUUCCAUUGAAAUACUGAAUCAUGCAAUACACUGUGGGUGAACUUUGCUCAGAAAUAUUUUAAAAGUUUAGAAUGUAAAAAUUUGAAGUUUUCAACUGAGUUUAUGGUCAUCAAGCCGGGUCGUUAUGAGGUGAAAUAAACACAUUCCUUGACUACAAACUUCAAUGUACAUGUAAAUAGUGAAAAUUGUAAUGAUGAUGUAUGUAUUCUGUCCGUAGAAUUUCACUAUUAGUGUUUAAUCGUUCUCCAUAUACAUAUAGACUACUCAUAGUCUGAAGGUUUGAGGGUUGAUUGGGUGCAAUAAUAUUACACACAAACAUACACUGUAAAAUAGCUAGUGGGAAUUAUUAACACUCAUCUUACUAUAUAAAUAUAAGUUAUAUUUACUUUCCAUAUAGCUUAUUUUUUCAAGUGCAUAUUUUGCAACAUAUUCCUCUAUAGAACUUGAGCACCACGAGUUAUAACAAUUUAUUUAGUACCCGUCAGUUGCCCUUUGAAACUGUGGAUGCUUGUACAUCAGAAUUCUGCUGAACAGACAACUCUUGACUGCACUUUGUUCUAUUUUGAUGAGCUAGCUAUCUUUAAUUUUUGUGCUACAUGUUACACUUAAGAUCAAAGUAAAAGUAAAUCUAAUCAGAUUUGUGAAUUAAAGAGUAAUUCAUGUAUCCUGUGAUUGUAGAUGAUUUGAAUUCAAGUAAUUAAAAACAUACGAAGUUAGCAUUAUACUAAUUAGUGUGAUUGGUUCAAUGAUUUUAAAGUUCUUGCCAGGGUAUGGUAAUUGAAAUGAUCAGCUUGAAUUGUCUGUGGAAAUUGUCUGAUCAGAAAUUGUGAACACUUCUGUAUUUAUAUGUCUUCGUUAUUGAAUAUAGUUCUUAAAUAAAGUAUUGCCUUGAAAAUGA